UUGCUUAUCCAAAGUCUCCGGAAAAGCAAAAUCAUGUCUUCAUCAUCAGAAGCCCUAAAGAUCGGUAUAAUAGGAUUUGGUCCCUUUGCACAGUUCCUGGCAAGCACCAUGGUGAAACAAGGACACACUCUAACUGCAACCUCACGAUCCGAUCAUUCUGAGCUUUCCUCCCACUUGGGUGUUAAUUUUUUCAGAGAUAUAAACACGUUCCUCGAAGUUGAUAACGACGUCAUCUUACUCUGCACAUCCAUCGUAUCACUCUCUGAAGUGGUGAAAUCAAUACCUUUCCACCUCGUGAAGAGGAAGCCUACCCUCUUCGCUGAAGUCCUCUCUGUCAAAACCUAUCCAAAGGAUCUUCUCAUUCAGGAAUUGCCAGAAACGAUGGACUUGCUCUGCACACACCCGAUGUUUGGGCCAGAGAGUGGGAGAGAAGGGUGGAAUGGCCUACCGUUUGUAUUCGAGAAGGUUCGAAUCAGGGAUCAAGAUAUCUGCUCCCGUUUUCUUCAGAUUUUUGAACAAGAGGGUUGUAGAAUGGUGGAAAUCACUUGUGAAGAACAUGAUAAACAGGCUGCUCGAAGCCAAUUUCUUACCCAUACCAUUGGAAGGAUUUUGUCUGAAAUGGAUAUCAAUUCUACAUCAAUGGAUACCAAAGGUUUCCAGACACUGCUUCAAUUGAAAGAAAAUACCAUGAAAGAUAGUUUCGAUUUAUACAGUGGGCUAUUCAUCCAUAAUAAGUUGGCUCAACAAGAGCUGAAGAACCUGGAACUAGCAUUACAGACUGUCAAACAGCGGCUAUUUGAUAGGAUGGAUGAAAAGUAGAAUGAAGCUGGUCCUUGACAUUACAUUUCAUGUGUCCCAGUCUCAUUUCUACAACUUAAGAGAUUGUAUAUAAUUGUUUAGCCAUGAUUUUAUUAACAAU